AUGUCUGAUGUCACAGUCAUCUCACCGUGUCGCGACGCUGUGGUGACGGAGAUCUCGCCACCGAAGGUCACGCAACCACAACGUGAAAGAACAGCGCUGUGCGAUCGAACGUUUGGUGAUCUCCGACCUUUGGCGAAAAAAGACGCACCCGGUUCAGGAAAAACCAGUUUGAUUGCCGCAAAGAUGCAUCCAGGUCCAACAGAUCUUGGAAAGAGGACCAAAGGGACGAAUAGAGCUACGGUACGAGUUCGAAAAACUCGUCGUGGAGAUCGAAAAACUCGUCGUGGACACACCCACACCUACUCGCCAAAUAAGCAGCUUCUCCAUGAACCAAAGAAGAAUGCAACCGGUAGAAUGACUACUCGGACAGGAAAUAUGAUGGAUUCUACUCCACCAUCAAAUGCCAGUCAGAAUCUUACAACUAAAACAAUGUCACCAAGCAAUGGGGAAGCCACGCGAAGAAGCCGUGAUACACUUUCAAGUGAGCUAGAGUCACCAAGUCCAAUUGCUCGCCAAUCAUCAGAUGUGGGUCCUGCCAAUGAUGAGAAUUAUCUUCAAAUGUCAAUGAUGGAGAUGGCACGUCACAUGUUUAAAUUCGACGAAGUGCGCAACGCGCUCCAGGAGUUCGAUGAAGAAUUGUAUCGUAAGAUUGCUGAAAUAAUUUCCAAAUAA